AUGCUUUUGCGAUCAAAUUUAGCAAAGAAGGUCAAUGAGAAAUAUCAAAGCUUCACUUUUAUGAAUAGAAAUGUUAAUAGUAUAGUCAAAAGAUAUAUUGCAUCGCAACCCUUAGGGAUAAAUAUUCCUGAACCGCCACCCAGAGAAUUUUUACCUAAUGGAGAACCUAAAACGUAUCGAUUGAAUCAGAGAUAUUAUAACCAUAAGUACGACUGGGAAAGAUGGACAUUAAGACCAGCUGGAGUUUUUCACACCUAUUUAUAUGGAGAAUUUGCAAAAGAUCAUAGACCCCUAUUAGCCUGGUUAUUACAAUAUCCUUUACCCAUAGCUUUUAUUCCAUACUUUUUAUUUGCCUUUGGUUUAUCCUUUACUUUUCAUCAUGUUUCAUAUUUGGGCAUAAAACCGAAGAGAUUUACUGUUGAAUGGGUAGAAGCUAAUAAGGAAAGAGAACGAGCUGAAAACACGAACCCAGUUACCAGAUAUCUCGACCGUAGAAGAAAAGAAAGAGGACCACAUUGGAUUUUGGAGGACUUUUUACCCCCACAUCCAUGUUACUUACACAUGAGUAAAUAUCAUCAUGACACUGAACUUUUGCGAAAGCGAGAAGAAGAAGCUGCAGAAAAAGAGUGA